UGACUUAGUGUUCCAAAGAAAACUGGGGAGAUAAGAUUAGAGAAAAGCAAAUGUCCUGCUGAUCUCCAAGAAAGGGAAGAAAAGUGAUCCUCGAAGUUACUACCUAAGAUGGCUGCUGUUUGGAAAAAGCUAACUGUUGUGGGAGAUGUUGCCUGUGGCAAGACAUGCCUCCUGCUUGCCUUUUGCAAGGAACAGUUUCCCAAAUGCUAUGAGCCAACAGUGUUUGAAACCUACAUCAAGGACGCCGAGGUUGAUGGGAAGUCAAUGAAGCUGAUGCUCUUCGAUGUAGCAGGGCAGCGCCAAGGUAAUUAUCAGCACUUCCGUUCGUUGUUCUAUCAAGGCACAAGUGUCAUCUUAAUGUGCUUCUCAGUGGACAGGCCAAAUGCACUGCAGAACAUCCUUGACAUUUGGAUUCCAGAGGUCAAACUGUUCUGCCCCACAGCUCCCAUUGUUCUGGUGGCUACCAAGAAAGAACUGAGGAACGAUGAGGGUGUGCUGGAAAGACUUGCUACACUGGAACAAGAGCCAAUAAAGACGGAAGAAGGAAAAGCCUUGGCUGCUAGCAUUGGGGCAUAUGCCUACCUGGAGUGCUCUGCGAAGAUGAAAGAUGGCAUUGAGAGAGUCUUGCAGAUUAUUGGUCAAGCUGCAAUACAAGAUGGAACAAAGAAGAGAAGAAAGCAUCAUGUGUUCUUCAGAUUGUUGUAA